CCAAACAACAAAGCAGUGAAUUAAAAUAUUAUACAUACAUAUGUACAUGCAUAAAAUUAGCGCUCUUGUGAGCUAAAUAUAAUAUACAUAACGUAUAAAUUUGACUACGCAAAAAUGCGAAGGAAAAAAAUUAAGAUAUCUACAGACCUAUAAUAUACACACAUACAUAUGCAUAACAAAUUUAUUUUUGUGCAAAAAGGUUCUUGCCUAAAAGCGACAAAUAUGAACCACAAGAUGAGUUUAAAAAAAUCGGUAUUUUCGUGUAUUUUGCUGCUGGUAAAACAAGUGUAUAAUUAAUAAUAGAGAAACAGAAACUUACUGUAUACCUGAAUAAAUUUAGAAAGUUCUAAGCCAUUUACAAAGUAGUAGUUCAAAUAUUAUUAACAGCGGAUGCUUUUUGAAGCCUUUAAGACGCAUAUUUAUUACGAAUACGCACGCAUGUGCCUACCCAAUAAUAGAAAAUAAAUAUUUAUGCAUCUCCGUCAUGAAAUUUUCCAAAUAGAACAUUUUCAAAGUGCGGUUUUACUCAUAAAAGAUAUGUAAAUUCUAGAAAUAAAUACAUUAAAUUGUAGUUACAAGAAUCCAUAACUGUACCGGUACCAAUCUUUCGUGAGUCUUUGAUAUCUAUGAGUACAAACAUGUACACAAAUUUACAAGCAACAACAAAAUAAUACGAACUACGAAAAGUAGUAUCAACUGCAGUAGCGAAUGCACAGACGACGUAUUUCCAUAAAUAUAUUUAGCACAAGUAAAUGAUUAAAAAUAUACAUAUGCGUGCAUAGAUAUGUAUUUUCGUAACUAUAAAACUCUCAGCGAAUUUAUAUUUAAAUGCGUGCCAUCACUCCUACGCGUAUAAGAUUAUAUUUCGCGGCGUAGAAAAUUUCGAAAUAAACUAAUAAGUGCAUUUAAUGAAAUAAUCAAAGCAAAAGCGAUCAAAGGACUACGAUUACUAAGAACAACUGCAUUUAUUAAGAAAAACUCCAGUUUGCAUUUAUGUACAACAAUUAGGCCAACGAGUUGGUCAAACGAACAAAAUCAUUAAAAAAGCUGCCACUAAACUAACGUGGAAUGAUCGAUAAAAAUAAAGUUCAACGCCUGCCCGCUAUUGCUGACUUAUCUAACCAAAAGUACACUUUAAGUUUUGCUAUAACCAUGGAACGGAAUAUUUUUGGAACAUUACGAUCAUCUCUGUUACUUUGCUGGCUUGCAGCUCUCGCGCUCCUAUUCGCUCAAGUCACCAGAAGUCAUGCCAUUGUGCCUGAAAGACAGUUGGUGCCAUCGAACGGUUUCGUGAAGAAUUAUCCGCAUUACUAUGAUUACAACUGUUUCACGGAUGGCGAUGCACUUCCAGAUAUCCCAAACAUACGAGAUUAUUCAAUUGGGCUGCAAGUUUCCGACCGAGCACUGCAUCAAGUAAUGAGUCGAAUUUUUGCUAUCGUUCUACGCGAGAAGCUUAACUAUCGGAAUAUCUCUUUGGUGCCAUACAAAUAUACAACGAAUAUUUCCAUUGAUCGAUAUGAGGAGAACAACUAUCGUAACAUAUUCGAACAACUGAAAUACUCACCGUAUUCCAACAUGUCCAUGAUAAACGUAGCCGUUUGGAUGCCAGCAUUGGUGCGUUCAAUUGUUCCAGACACAAUUAUUGAGGCGGGCACUUCCAUUACACCAGGUCGCUUCGGUUGGUUUGUGCCCAAAAGUCAGGUCGAUUUGCCGCUGGAGCUUGCCGCCUAUAGUUUGCACUACAGCGUAUUUCUCAAUCAGUCGCAUGCCGACUAUGGACGCUAUGUAAUACCGGAAGAAUUAAUUGCGAAACUGAGACAUGGUAAAAACUACGAGGAGUACAUAAGUCCGAGCUGCCUUGGAAGAACGUGUGUCACCUUGUUGGCCGAACACAAGCCUGAUACCGCAUUUGUGAUGCAUCAUAUUCAAAAUACCAGCAGUUUUGUCAAUGUGCUCUGGCUAGGCGCAGAUUUUCGUGAAACACUAAGAUAUUUGCACCAAAAAUACCAAUCUGUGUACAGUUAUAAGCGUUUCAUAGUACUGCACUGGACACCUUCCAUUGUCAUCGAUGGCGAAAUUGAGUUCUAUCAAAUAACGCUGCCACAUUGUGAAGAUUUACUUAUUCUUCAGUUGACUGCUUGCAAAUACGAGCUCACGCCUGUGCUAAAAUACUACGACCAGCGGUUGGGCAGAAGUGAAGAGCGUUUGGUGUCUACAUUGCGCGAAUUUCAAAUACACGAUCAAAUGCUACAACAACUACAAUUGAGCGCUAGUUGGAAAAGAAACGGCAAAGAUAUUGAAGAUAUCUACAACCACGUAGCCUGCGAUUGGUUAAAGUCAAACGAAAGGACUUAUACACAAUGGCUCAGCACUAAGUCAACUAUUAAGUUGUAUAUUGGCGGCAUUUUUCCACUUACCGACUUUAGUCGCGGCCAUCAGAAUCUGGAGAAGGCUGUUAAGUUAGCAGUUGAAGCCGUAAAUCGUAGUCACUUGCUGAAAAACUAUAACCUGGAUGCGCAAAUCCACGACGGCCAAUGCAAGCCAGACGAGGUGAUGAAGGUAUUCAUACACUACUUCACCGAACCGCGUGUAUUGGGUGUGCUGGGACCCGCUUGCAGCGAAACCGUCGAACCGAUAGCAGGCAUUUCAAAGCACACAAACAUGGCGGUGAUCUCUUAUUCCGCUGAGGGCGCUACAUUUGCAGAUCGGCAAGCCUAUCCGUACUUCUUUCGCACAAUAGGUUCAAAUCGGCAAUAUGAAGAUGUCUAUAUUGAGCUGAUGAAAGUUAUGGGCUGGAAACGUGUGGCAGCACUGACCGAGGAUGGACAAAAGUACACGGAGUACAUCUCACACAUGGAAGCGGCUAUGAAGCAGCAUAAUUUGGAAUUGAUAACUAAUAAGAAGUUUCUGAGUGAUGUGAAAUCAGCGGAAAUGAAUAAGUACUUGUUGGAUCUGAAACAAAAGCAUGCAAAAAUUAUUAUUGCGGAUAUACACAACAGGAAUGCAGAGCUGGCGCUUUGCGAGGCCUACAAUUUGGGUAUGACUGCGUACGAGGGCUACGUUUGGUUUUUGCCUUCGUGGAUAUCUAAAGACUGGAAUACGCUUCAUAGCAACCACAAUUGCACAACAGAGCAACUUCAAAAGGCGUCUGAGGGACACUUCAGCAUAAUGCACACUCCUUUUGGAGACCUCGACUCCACUAUGCAGGAAAAUAUAACUGUACGAAAGUGGCUACAAUUGCACACCCAAAGCAAUGUUACGAUGUCCAACUACACCGGAUUUGCCUACGAUGCCGUGUGGGCUUAUGCCCAUGCCGCUGCAAGACUUUUGGCUGAGAACGAUGAUGCUGUGAAUAGUUUGCGGUCUAGCAGCGUAGUCGCACGUUUUGUGGAGCUAAUAUGGCAGACAAAUUUCACGGGGCUCUCUGGCCAGAUACAGUUUGGACAGGGCGGCUCGCGUAUUACUGACUUGGAUAUAGUUCAGUGGCGGCAGUUGCAAUUCGAGCGCGUGGGCAAAUUUAAACCGUAUGUGGUAGGCGUGGCCAAUAAUAGACGUGCCGAUGGCGGACGCUUGGAUUUGUUUGAGAGUAAGGUUGUGUGGCUGUCGGGUGGGCAGCGUCCCACGGAUGGCACAUACGAUUGUAGCUUCGCUGCUUUGGCGAAAUUUUUGAAUAAGGAUUGUGAGAGCGCGGCUUUUACUUUUACAGCUGUGCUGUGUAUAUUAAUUGUGGUGUUCGUUUCGUUGAUUUCAUUUCUAUUCUGGAAAAAACUCUACGAUAAGAAACUAAAGCAGUCAGCGAAGAUAAUGAAGAAUUUCGGCAUUGAUUUGCUUUCGCCGUCGCGCAACAAGGCUAAUACGCUGGACAAAUGGGAAGUGCCUAAGGAGAAUGUUGUACUCAAUCGGCGUUUGGGUGAGGGCGCUUUCGGUACGGUAUACGGUGGAGAAGCGCAGAUCGGUGCUACCGGCUGGACCGCAGUGGCUGUGAAAACACUGAAAGCGGGCGCCUCCACAGAAGAUCGCUUAGAUUUCCUAUCCGAAGCUGAAGCGAUGAAACGUUUUAACCACAAGAACAUCGUUAAAAUGCUCGGUGUAUGCUUGCAAACGGAACCGAUUUACACAAUCAUGGAAUUCAUGCUGUACGGCGAUUUGAAGACAUAUUUGCUGGCGCGCCGCCAUUUGCUGAACGAAAAAGUUGCCGAGGAGUCAGAUAUUUCUUCGAAACGUUUAACUAUGUACGCCAUGGAUGUGGCGCGCGGACUCGCAUAUCUGGCGAGUCAGAAGUAUGUGCACCGGGAUUUGGCCUGUCGUAAUUGCUUGGUUGAUGCGCAACGCGUGGUCAAGAUCGGCGACUUCGGCAUGGCGCGCUCCACCUAUGAGAGUGACUACUAUCGAUUCAAUCGAAAGGGUAUGCUGCCUGUGCGCUGGAUGGCGCCCGAAUCACUGGCGCUUGGCAUGUUCACGCCAUCCUCUGACGUUUGGGCUUUUGGUGUGGUCUUGUACGAGAUCAUCACAUUCGGUUCUUUCCCCUAUCAAGGACUUACUAAUAAUCAAGCCUUUGAGUAUAUUAAAAGCGGUAAAACGUUGCAAAUUCCGUCUGGUGCUAAGCCGCCCUUAGAGGGCUUGAUAAAGGCUUGUUGGAGUCAGGAGUCAAAGAAGCGACCAACUGCGGCCGAAGUUGUCGAUUACAUUUCCAAUUAUCCGCGCUUGUUGACGCCAUGUCUGGACUUUCCCAGCGCUUCGGUGGAGAUGCCAGAAACGGAGAGUGAUCAGCUAGAAUUGCUGCCCAAACCGCGAAAAUGCUCGCCGCUCAAACGGGACUCCAGGCUGGACAUUUUGGCGCAAACGUCAACAAUGAAUCAUUUCAACUGCUCGAAUGAUUUGAUUGAUGGCAUUGACGAGCCCAAGCACACGAAUAUAGAAAUGCCAACAAGCUUUACUUUGGGUGCGAGUAUAUCGCAGCAUAACAACAAUAACAACAAUAAUAAUACUAUUAACGCGCAAGCCAUGUGUUUGGAUGCCUGUUCGGCGACGACGCCGGAUGGUUAUAGCAUAAUGUCGCCGCUGUUAAUGCAUCGAGUGAGCGAAUGUUCGGAUUCCUCGCAAGCGAGACUAAUUAAGAAAUCCUCUGUAGAGACACUGCAGCAGACAGAAUUUUAAAAUUAUUAGGAUAGAAAAUUUUCUAAUCUCGCGUAUAGCGAAAAAGACUACAGUUGGAAAGAGUUUUUUUUUCGUACAAUAAGAGAUCCAGCUUGACUGAGCGGAUAUUGCCAUUUUCAUAAUUUAAUUUUCAUACACAUUUGUAAAUAUGCCGAUACAUACAUAUAUUCUAGAUAUAGGUAUAGCAAGUACAUACUCAUAAAAUUAAAUCAUGAAUGCCACUAUUGCCAACUGAAAACAUAAAUAUACUGAUUAUAUGCAAUUAAUUAUAAUAGGUACUUAGUAUAACUAUGUAUAUGUACUUCACAAUACCUAAAAGGUACGUAAAUACAUAUGUGCACUAUAAGUACG